AUGGCCGCCACUCGUGUCUUCACCUCCCGCAUGGCCUCCGUCAUGGCCCAGACCUCCAAGGUCGCCCGCCCUGCUGCUCGCUUCCAGCUCAACGCUGCCACCAAGCGCACCUUCACCCAGAAGGCCCCCGCCUUCGGUGCCCCCAAGCGCAUCCAGUCUCCCACUCUCCUCCAGGCCAAGGCCUUCCAGACUGCCGCCCGCCGCCAGUACUCCUCCGAGGUCGCCUCCGCCAUGGUUGAGGUCUCCAAGAACAUCGGUAUGGGUUCCGCCGCCAUCGGUCUCGGUGGUGCCGGUAUCGGUAUCGGUCUCGUCUUCGCCGCUCUCCUCAUGAGUGUCUCCCGCAACCCUGCCCUCCGUGGCCAGCUCUUCUCCUACGCCAUUCUCGGCUUUGCCUUCGUCGAGGCCAUGGGUCUCUUCGAUCUCAUGGUUGCCAUGAUGUGCAAGUACGUCUAA